AUGGACCCUCUCCACAUCACCGAGUUCGCCUCGGAGCGAUACUUUAGUAAAUUAAGACAGUUAGAUGGUCAGGCAGAGCCUGCGGCGGCGACGGCAUCGUCGACGACGAAUGUUCCUGAACUACCUGCGGCCCUACGAGCACCCACUUUCACUCUCCCCCUUCGUCGACAACGAAGUGCGGAAUCCGACAAUGCUGCUCCUGCUCUCCGACCGAGCGAUCAGAAGAAGAGAUCGCUAGGACACGACCUGACCCCAUUGCGGACUCAACGCCGUCCUAUUCUUGGUGGGGGACUGGGGGCAUUGCGAUCGAAAAUCAGCGUCACACAGAAACCCAUAUCCGUGGGUGAGCAUCAACAAGCGAUCUUGGCCGCUGAUCCCACUGCUGCAACCAGUUUAAACCUCAGUGAACUCUUCCUGACGCUUCCUGCUGAACUUCAAGCCCAAAUCAUCGCACCGCUUCCGAUACAUGCAGUCCUUAACCUUCGUUUAGUCUCAAAAACGUUUCACGCGCUAGUGACUCUCAAUGAGUCUCCAAUUGCGCGAUAUCACAUCGCUAACAGUCUGCCCAAGUACACCUUGAAACUGUACCCAGUCCCAGACCCUCAAUUUAUUAACCUCCAUUAUCUUUGCGGGAUAUGGCACCGCCUACAGGUAGCGUUGAAGUUGUCAACCAUGAUAACUCAACAAGCCACCAAGGAGUUAUUUUCACGGACAACGGAAGCUGCCCGACUCGAGUUCGAACCACAGAGUCAACGGAUGUGUAAACGCUUGACACCUCUCGUCUUCGCCCUUUUCCAUUUCUUUGAAACGUAUCGAGAUCUACAUGUCAAGCACCUGACAUACGGUGGCGUUCCACUCCGAAUGCAGGCCUUCACAUUGAAUCCGAUCGAGACACAGGUCAUGGCCAUGUACGAUGACCACACAUUGCUCAAAGUACACCAAGUAUUUCCUUUAAUCCUCUCAUCAAUAUCUCGCCGAUUACGACCCCCAUCCUACGCUGGACGAAUCGAGCGUUCUAUCAAAGGUUAUCUCAAAGACCGGCCCGCCGAUGAAGUUUACUCUUCUAUAGUGCUCGUUGGUGGCCUUCGCCAAGCUCAAAGAUUCUGGGAGAAGAAGGGAUAUAACAUUCGAAGAGAGGCGGUCGACGUUUGGUAUAGUUACAUCACUAAAACUCCUGUCGAAGCUCCACCUCCCAAAUCCAAGAUGGCUCGACUUGCUACAUUUGGACGAAAGAAGACGCAGCCUGUCGUGGAUACCUCGAGUUCCGAAAAGAUCGGGCAUGAGUCAGAGACUUGUAAAGAAUGGUUUUGUGUGAAGUCAGCAUGUCUCGCCGCUCGUAGACGGCAUUCCACAGACAAUCUCGUCUUUCAUAGCAGCCUUGCUGCUGGUCCACCCAUGGGUCCUUUGACCCGAGAGCAACUUCGCCAACUCCUUCCAGAUCAACAAGAUCUGAAGAACAUCUGGGUGCUGACGGCUGAGGCUUUAAUACUGCAGAGAAAGAUCGUCUCAAGACCACAGGACAUCAAACGCAACCACAUGGUCCUACUCGAGCUUAUCGGCCCCGAUGGACCAGAGGUUGACGAAUUUACACCAGCACCACCACGCGAGGGUGAUGCACUACAGCAAGAAGGCAUGGGCGGCGAUGGAGGGGUUUCUGAUUGA